AUGAACCGGAAAGCGCGGCGCUGCCUGGGCCACCUCUUUCUCAGCCUGGGCAUGGUCUACCUCCGGAUCGGUGGCUUCUCCUCGGUGGUAGCUCUGGGCGCGAGCAUCAUCUGUAACAAGAUCCCAGGCCUGGCUCCCAGACAGCGGGCGAUCUGCCAGAGCCGUCCCGACGCCAUCAUCGUCAUAGGAGAAGGCUCACAAAUGGGCCUGGACGAGUGUCAGUUUCAGUUCCGCAAUGGCCGCUGGAACUGCUCUGCACUGGGAGAGCGCACCGUCUUCGGGAAGGAGCUCAAAGUGGGGAGCCGGGAGGCUGCCUUCACGUACGCCAUCAUUGCCGCCGGUGUGGCCCACGCCAUCACAGCUGCCUGUACCCAAGGCAACCUGAGUGACUGUGGCUGCGACAAGGAGAAGCAAGGCCAGUACCACCGGGACGAGGGCUGGAAGUGGGGUGGCUGUUCUGCCGACAUCCGCUACGGCAUCGGCUUCGCCAAGGUCUUUGUGGAUGCCCGGGAGAUCAAGCAGAAUGCCCGGACUCUCAUGAACUUACACAAUAACGAGGCGGGCCGAAAGGGCUCUGCCCUCAGCCUCAUUCGGCUGGACUCUGUCGUCGAUUUGCUGCUGGUCAGGAUCUGGGUGCUGGUCAGGGCCCGGUGA